CCUAAAUGAAGAAGCCUUGAGUCUUUGCCUUGCCUUGCCUUGCCUUGCCAGCCAGAAAUGUUCAGUGCUCCUCCAUUGAUGGCUUCCCUGACAUUCACAUCACCGUUACAUUAUUUCCCUUUCUCUCCUUCAGUACCAAUUCCGUUACUCCAUCUGUCACCCUCCUCUUCCCGCCAUAACCUCCUCACCCUUUCAUCAAGCUACUCAGUAUCUACGCCCUUACAUCGAAGCUAUCAUACAACAAAAUUCCCACCUUCUUCAAUACAGCUUAAGACCACUAAAUUGGUUCAACCAACAAAACUCUGUUCACAUCUGAGGUAUCCUAUCAUUUCUCCCGACGACCAGUGGGGCACAUGGACUGCUCUCUUCGCCACCGGAGUUUUUGGUAUCUGGUCUGAAAGGACCAAGAUUGGGAGCAUGGUGAGUGCGCCCUUAGUGAGCACAUUGGUUGGGCUAGCAGCGAGUAAUCUCGGAAUCAUUCCAUAUAAAACGGCGGCGUAUUCCGUUGUCUUGGAGUUCCUAGUGCCACUAGCGGUUCCUUUGCUCUUGUUUAGAGCAGACUUGCGUCAAGUGAUCCGUUCAACAGGGACAUUGCUCAUGGCUUUCUUGCUCGGUUCAGUUGCGACCAUAUUUGGAACUACAGUGGCUUUUCUAAUGGUGCCUAUGCGAUCUCUUGGUCCAGAUAAUUGGAAAAUAGCUGCUGCCCUUAUGGGUAGUUAUAUUGGGGGAUCUGUUAAUUAUGUUGCAAUUUCUGAGGCACUUGGUACAUCUCCAUCUGUUGUAGCCGCAGGAGUAGCUGCUGACAAUGUUAUUUGUGCAAUAUACUUCAUGGUGCUAUUUGCAUUGGCCUCUAAAAUUCCUCCUGAGGCUUCAGCAUCAACUAUUGGUGUUGAAAUGGAUGUGGAGUCCAAUUCUGCAGGCAAAAUCCCUGUACUACAGUCGGCUACAGCACUUACUGUCUCCUUUGUGAUAUGUAAGACUGCUAUAUAUCUUACACAAUUGUGUAAGAUUCAGGGAGGCAGUCUUCCAGCAAUAACAGCUAUGGUGGUCAUUUUAGCAACAGCAUUUCCAACACAAUUUGCUCGUCUUGCACCUGCUGGUGAUACCAUUGCUCUGGUUCUGAUGCAGGUUUUUUUUGCUGUGGUGGGCGCUAGUGGGAGCAUAAGGAAUGUCAUCAAUACAGCGCCUAGUAUUUUCUUGUUUGCUCUAGUUCAAGUAACUGUGCAUCUUGCUGUAGUGCUAGGGCUUGGAAAACUUUUGAACUUUGAUUUAAAACUGUUACUUUUGGCAUCAAAUGCCAACAUAGGAGGCCCUACAACAGCAUGUGGAAUGGCUUCUGCAAAAGGAUGGAAUUCUCUGGUUGUUCCUGGGAUUCUUGCAGGCAUUUUUGGAGUUGCCAUUGCUACUUUCCUUGGCAUUGGUUUUGGAAUAAUGGUCCUUAAAUACUUUUAGAGAUUAUCAUUACUAAAUAGUAGUUAGCUAAAGCAUAUUGAGAUCACAUUAUGUUGCAUAUAUGUGGCUAAUGCUCUUUUAGGGGAGAAAAAUUGAUUGGUUUAGGACCCAUAAAAACAGUUGACGUUGGAAUUAUUAUAAAUCUGCCUUUGCUGAUUCAUGAUCA